GACACUGUGGGCCCAUGCUCUGUUGCGCGCAUGCCAGUGCUUCCAUGCCAAUAGUCGCUGGUGACCCCCUUGCAAUUGAACGCGUUCUCACGCGUUCUUCACUCAUUGAUGCCAAUAUUUUGGGCCAACCGACAUGAAAGGACGCAAACCAGAUGUGUUAUCAUGGCGUUGCCCAAUGCGCUGUUGCAAAGCCCGCGCUGGUGCCUGACCAAAAAGUGUGCCUACCACUAUGCUCUUAACUUUUCUCCCCCUCCCAUUUCCUUCUACUCGGUGAGGUACAGGGAGUUCUGGAACCCCGUGGGCCGGGUUUCACGGAUGAGCAAACUAUGUGUUCCCCGCCAUUCACCUCAUCAUUUGCUUUGCGAUCUACCCGCCACAUUUACCCCACUGAUUAUUAUAUCUUUGAAACCGACUUGCUCUUGGGACCUACACCAGCCCCACAGACUCAUCUCUGCAAGGGUGGCUUUCUCCUGUGUUCAAGCGCGGGGUUUAUCCCGCACCCUCAGUAUAGCCUUGGGGCACUAUUUCUCCGACACACGCAAUGACAAGCACCAGUUAUGCAUGUAUUACUAUAUAGUACAAUGCCAAAUGAAUAUAUUAUGAUUCACUAUUAAAACAAGCGGGGUUACCUAUCAAUAACUUCCAGGGCACCCCGUCAGUACUUCCGGGGCACCCC